AUGGCACCCCGUGCCAAGCAGCAGAAGCUGUCCCCGCCCGAGCCGGUGGUUGCCAAUGUCGUCAUCCAGUUUCAGUCCCAGGAGGGGGAGGUCACAGGUCCACAGCUAGACAUCCCUACCAACGUGUCCACACCCCAGCUGGAGAUCCUGCUGAACAGUGUGCUGAAGGCCGAGGAUGGGGAGAAGGUUCCCUACUCCUUCCACAUCGAUGAUAAGGAGGUGGUCCAGGAGUUAGGGGCCCACCUGCUCCACAACAAGACGUCCAUUGAGCGCGUGCUGCGAGUGGUGUACCAGCCCCAGGCCCUGUUCAGGGUCCGCCCCGUCGCCCGCUGCUCCGCCAGCAUGGCCGGGCACGGCGACGCCGUGCUUUCUGUCAACUUCUCGCCCAACGGUCGCCACCUGGCCAGCGGGUCUGGGGACACCACGGUCCGAUUCUGGGACCUGAACACCCAGACGCCACGCUUUACAGGGCAGGCGCACAAGAGCUGGGUCCUGGUAGUGGCCUGGUCUCCGGAUGCUAAGCUUGUUGCAUCUGGUGACCGAAGUGGGGAGAUCUUCCUCUGGGAUCCCACCACCGGCAAAGCUGUGGGACAGUGCAAGGGCCACAAGAACUACGUGAGCAGCCUGGCAUGGGAGCCGGCACAUGCUGAGCUUCCCGCCAGGCGCUUCUGCUCCGGGUCAAAGGACGCCACCAUCAAAGUUUGGGAUGCCAACCUGAGGCGCUGCCUCUUCACCAUGAGCAGCCACACGGCGGCCGUCACUGCGGUGCGGUGGGGGGGCGAAGGCCACAUCUACUCUGCCUCCCGAGACUGCAGCAUCAACGUCUGGGACGCCAAGGACGGGCACCUCAUUCACAGCCUGAAGGGGCACGGGCACUGGGUCAACACCAUGGCGCUUUCCACCGACUAUGCACUGCGCACCGGCGCCUACGACCACACGGGCGCGCUGCCGGAGGACCCGCAGGCCGCCGCGCGGAAGCGGUAUGACGCCGCGCGGCGCGGCGCGCCGGAGCGCCUCGCCACCGGCUCCGACGACUACACGCUCUUCCUGUGGGAGCCGGCGCAGUCUCGCACUCCCGUGGCGCGCAUGACGGGCCACAUGCAGCUGGUCAACCAGGUGCUGUUUUCCCCCGACGGCCGGGUCAUCGCCUCCGCCAGCUUUGACAAGUCAGUCAAGCUGUGGGACGGGGCCAAGGGCACCUUCAUCGGCACGCUGCGCGGCCACGUGGGCGCCGUGUAUCAGGUGGCCUGGUCCGCCGACAGCCGGCUGUUGGUGUCGGGGUCCAAGGACAGCACGCUCAAGGUGUGGGACGCGCGGACGCGGAAGCUGGCCAUGGACCUGCCGGGGCACGCGGACGAGGUGUACUGCGCGGACUGGUCACCCGACGGCGCCUCGGUGGCCUCGGGGGGAAAGGACCGGGUGCUGAAGCUCUGGAGGCAGUGA